GUUGGAUUAUAUGUCCGCACGCUGGCUGCCGUUGGUAAUGUUGCUGUCUAAUGCGCGAUGGCGAACAUGUUGCGGGCGAAGGCGGUAUGACGUUGCACGCGCUACCGGGGUCGAUCGAGUUGUGGACAAGCUCCAACCAAAAUGGACCUAUUUCGUCACGCGUCCUGUACACAAUUUAUUCGGAGCGUACACUGGUGAACAGUGCUAUCAAAUAGCGUCGUGUUGACGUUCAGCCGUGAUUGGCGGGUCCGUGCACACAAGCUGGCGUAUGCAAUUGCACACUCAUUAUUCAACAAUUUGAUCACGAAUCAGAGCCAAUAGGUCUGAUUGCUAGUAAGUGGGCGAACAUUGUCAGUGAUCCUGACUGAUACACAAUAAUACGCAUGUGCAUGUCAGCGGAAGCGGCCCCGAG